AUAUAUAUAUAUAUAUAUAUAUAUAUAUAUAUUUAUGAAGAGGAAAAUAAGUUUCUUUAAAACCUCCAGAUGCCCUUUUAUAUCUCACUAACCAGUUCUAUCCCUGGACACCCCUGGCUGCAAAGAAGGUGGGCAAGUGCAAUUUAGCUCUUCUAUGUAGUGAAGAGGAAACCCUGGUGGCAUAGUGGUUAAGAGCUAUGGCAGCUAACCGAAAGGCAGUUUGAAUUCACCAGGCACUCCUUGGAAACUCUACAGGGCAGUUCUACUCUGUCCUAUAGGGUUGCUAUGUGUCAGAAUUGACUCAAAGGCAAUGGGCUUGGCUUUUUUGGUUUUAUGUAGUGAAGAAGAGUAAGAAAGAAGAGAUUUCUGACUGGCAGCUGGGUGAACAGUCAACAGUGUCUGUCCCAGAUAAACAGGACAAUGUUCAUUACAUUUGCAUUUAGAAUAGCAAACCUACUAUCACCAAGUAGCAUGCCACAUAUUUUUUGGUUCACCCAGGAACGUGUACUCAAAAAAGUUGGGUUUGACACGUUAUAGCAAGGGAGUACACACACCAUGAAGAACCAUGAGAGUGUCACAAGUUAAGACAUUGUUAGAAGUAUUACAGAUUUUUUUUUUUUCCCAGUGAUUUCGGAAGGAGUUCUAAGAAAGCUGGGUUUCUGUCUAGACUGGAUGCAUUCAGAAAGUAGGCGGAAUUUUAAGUCUGUGUAUCUUGAUAAUUGUUAUCUGUAGGGAGGAUAAAGAUAAAGCUGUAAUCGGUAAAGAAGCAGCAUUUAGUCAAGAGAAAGGAAUGUUUGGUAUUUUGUGAAGGCACCGUGACCUUCUUUUAGUCUGGACUUAAAUUUAACACAUUAUGAAAUGGCCACAUUUUGUCUCACUUUAGCAUGGUCUUACAGAAACCUUGCCUGAAGUUGGUAUUCUAUGAGAUUAUUUAUGUGCUGUAAAAUAAUAAUUUGGCCUAGCUGUGAGUGCCAAGCCAGGUUUUAGAUGUCAGGCUUUUCUUUUUCUAUUUCUUUCUUUCUCAUUCUGUUCGAUGCAGCACCAUGCAGCCACUGAUUGGGAGAAAUUAGGUUUUUAGUGAUUGCCAUUGGGAAAUAUCUAGAUUAUAUUGAGUUUAGAAAAAGAGACAAAACAUGAGAUUUUUAUAUGACUUCAUUUUUAAAAAAUAUGUAGAUGGAAGAUGCAUAUGUUUGGACAGAAAAACCAUCUGAUGAACUUCAAGUAGUAUUUAAGGUGGAAAUUUUCUGUCUUGCUUUAUAGUAUUUUUAAAUCGUCUCAAUUUAUACAUCAGUAUAAUUACUAAAUAGAAUGCAGACAUUUUAGCCAAAAAAAACAAAAACAAAAACGUUACCAGUCAAACAUCAUCCCUCACCUGCAGAAUUCUCUUGUGUGUUCUUGGAUUAAAUCAUAGGCUUUUGGGUUCAAGAAUGACCCUAAUGCCAACGUCUUCAGCAGUUAAGCUUCUUUGGAGAUGUUGGAUAAUGUAUUAAUUUUUCUGAAACUUGGUGUUUUCUCCUCCAACGUGGGGAAGAUGGCUUUUCUAUUAGGCCCUUUGGCCCUCUCAAAUACUGGUUGUUUUUCCUGCCAAACUACUGGUAUCAAAGGGCGUUGGUACCUUCCUUGGUGCUCAAUGCCCCUCCCAAACAUUCUACCUCACCCAUUGUUUAAACUCUAGCCUCAAACUUUCAAAUUAUGCUAACCAUUGUUGUGUGCGCUCCAGUCGAUUCUCCACGCUUAACAACCCCAUUGUGACAGAGGAGAGCUGCCUCAUAGGGCUUCCUAGGCUGUGAACUUUAUGAGAGCUGACUGCAGGUCUUUCUAGACAGAGCGGAACAGCUGGGGGGGUUUGAACCGCUUAAUCUUAUUAGCAUCUGAGCGCUUUACCACUGCACCCAGGGCUGCUUAUACUAACCAUUAUCGUUGUUGUUAGGUGCCCUGUAGUCGAUUCCGACUCUCGGCGAUCCAAUAGGACAGAGUAGAACUGCCCCAUAGGGUUUCCAAGGAGCGGCCAGUGGCUUCCAACCGCAGAACUUUUGGGGUUGCCCUCUUUCCUUACGUCACCUCUUGAUUCCCCAAAACGGGCAUUCCCCGUGAUGCUCGGGCACUUCCGCGUAUGCGGGAGGGUGUACGGAAUUCUGGGAAAUGUAGUCCAGAAUCUAUGGGCUUAUAGGAGCCGUUCUUCUCCAGGAGUGUGAGGUUUCUGCUGUGUUUUUGUCGUGGUGAGUUGUCCUCUUCCGUCGCCAAGACCUUUCCAAACUCUCUGGACCUGCGUUUUGGACGUGAAAUGACCAGGACAUCGAUUUAGUGGAAAGAAAUCGCGGCGCAAACGGAGGUUUGAGAAGAGAGGGCGGUGGUUUGCGUUCUUUUCGCGGAGACUUUUCCAUUUAGGACGAUUCGCGCGUCCCCGGGUUGGGGACGGGCUCGGGUCGUGGCUCGCCUUAUUUGAGGGUCUCCCGGGCCCACAGCUCCGCGAUCUGCUUUCUUCCACCUUACACACACGCUGCCAGUUCCUCUCGGUACAGCAUUGGGCGAAUUACUUCAAAUCUCUGUCUCUCCUGGUGCGCUUCUGUGAAAAGGUAUUUUCGUGAAGAUGAUUAGUAUUUUCAUGAAGCGGCCUUGGUGGCGCAAUGAUAAACGCUCGGCUGUGUUGUAGAGAAAACCUUGAACGCUGUUUCAAGUUAAAACAGUGAGGUUUAUUAAGGGUUUAAACCAGUUGCAAUUGGGGAACCACCUAGCCCAUUGGAAAUGGAACCAGGUAUCCCGGGGCAGUUUCCUUGUACAAGUAUUCUUAUGGGAUAGAAAGAGAAACCAAGCCAUAGGGAGGGCAAUUACAGGAAAAUCAAUGAAUAUUGUAGUAAUCACACUCUGAUUGGUUACUGAUUGUUAAUAGUGUAGUUAGCGAUUAUAGAUAGUCUCACAGGAUGCUCAGAUCAUAGUCACAAGAUGCUUGCAUGUAUUUUCUUUGUCUAUCUUGCAAAAAUACCUCGUUGUCAACAGCACCCAGACAGCACUCUUCCUGAGUGCUUCUAUUCUGAGGGCCCUGGAAACCCUGGUGGUGUAGUGGUUAAGUGCUAUGGCAGCUAACCAAAAGGUUGGCAGUUCAGAUCCACCAGGCGCUACUUGGAAACUCUAUGGGGCAGUUCUACUGUGUCCUUUAGGGUCGCUAUGAGUGGGAACCUACUCGACAGCAAUGAGUUAUGGGUAGAUAGUAACUUGGUUGAGACCCCUUGGGGCAUCUGGAUUCACAUCCUGGUUGUGACCACCGAGGAAAAACAUGUUUUUCUUAAAAAACAUAGCAGUUAGUCUAGAAACCUAGAUUAAAAAUAGAUAGCAUAGUCAGCAUAUUAUGCCCCUGUCUCACUGACUGUAGUGAAAGUUUUUUUUUUCCUGAGACGGCUGCUAACCAAAAGGUAGGCAGUUCAAACCCACUGGUUGCUCCUAGGGAAAAAGGACCUUGGUGAUCUAUCUGCUCUGGUCAAGAUUACAGCCUAGAAAACCUCUGGGCAGCUCUACUCUGUCCUGUAGGGUCAAUAUGAGUCGUCAAACAAGUGUUUUCGUAACAGAGUUGUUUUGAGAAUUAAACGCGGUACGCUGGUAGCCCAGUGGUUAAGCGUUCGGAUGCUAACCAAAAGGUCGGUAUUUCGAAUCCACCGGCCACUACUUGGAAACCCUAUAGGACAGUUCCACUAUGUCCUAUAGGGUCGCUAUGAGUCGGAAUCAACUUGGUAACAGAUCUGGUUUUUGGGUUUUAUAAAUAAAAGUGUUAAAACAAUUUCUGGCCUGUGAUGAAUGGUGAUAUCCCGUUGUUACCCAUAAAAACCCCAUUGCCGAGGACAUGUUGAUUCCAACUCAUGGAGACCUUCUACCUUCUGGUUGUUAGUACUAGUAUUUGAUUUCCUGAGAAGUGCUCCUAUAGGGUCCCUCUUAAUAAUUAGGAAACUGAGGCUCGGAUGGACACAGUGAUUAAAUCUUCCUUCGCAAACCCAUCUGUGAUAAGACACAGGUUAACCAAAACCUCUUAAAGUUUGUGCAAAGAAUUUAAGUUAAUCAAAAAGUAAAUUAGCCUUUGCCCUUGUUUCCUGAGUGGAGAAUUCUAGCCCUUGGAAGUUCCCGGAGCAGUCAAGGUUCUUUGUUAUUUUAAAAUCUCCAGACUGUAUCUGAAAAAGAAUCGUGCAAACGAAUGAGGGGUUGGCCAGGCCAGAGUCCACUUAGGAUGCUGCUGCUAGCUGAUCUCGGAAAUGGGGUUAUGCAUGGUUUGAGCAAUCAGGUUAAGAUUCCAAAACCAACCAAACCCAUUGCCAUCUAGUUGAUUCCGACUCAAAGUGACCCUAUAGGACAGAAUAGAACUGCUCCAUGGAAUUUCCAAGGAGCACCUGAUGGAUCCCAACUGCCGACCUUUUGGUUAGCAGCCACCAGGGUUUCCCAGGUUAGGAUUAGCCAACAAUUUUUUUCUAUUGUAUUUCCUCCUCUUCUCCUUAAAAACUUCAUUGUAAAAACUGUAAUCAAUGACAGUGAAUUGCAAAUGUGGAGGAUUGUGUAUUGUCGAAUGUUUUUAUGUAUAUAUUUUAUCCACAGUUUAAAAAAAAGAACCACAUUGUAACUGCCCCUCAUUGGACCCUCCUGUUUUUCCUGAACAGCGGAAUCUUCCUGAGUGCGUACUACCUGCUGGAAUGAACCCUUUCUGCGUUCCCAGGACUCUGCUUAUCCCAGGACUUUGUAAAUCACCAGAAGUAGGAAGAAAAAAUGUGCACGUUCGUGGAAUUGGUGACAUUCAAGGACGUGGCUGUGGUCUUCACUGAGGAGGAGCUGGGGCUGCUAAACCCUGCCCAGAAGAAGCUGUACCAAGAUGUGAUGGUUGAGACCUUCAGGAACCUGGUGUCAGUGGGAGGCAAGAACCCAAGGAAGGUGGAGAUUGUUCCACAAGCAAGAGCACAUGACGAGCUUUCCAGCUUGCAUAUCUGGCAACAAAUUGCAAGUGACUUAACCAGUUGUCAGGAUUCCAUGAUAAAUAGGCCUCAGUUCUACAAACAAGGUGAUUUACCCUCUCUGGUUGCAGCAGGACUAUCUAAUAUUCACACAGGAGAGAAAUCUCACCAGUGUAAUGAUUGUACAAAAACCUUCAGUAAUGUCUCCAGCUUUGAUCUUCAUCAGCGAUUACACUCAGAAGAGAAGUCUCUCACAUGUAGCGAGUGUGGAAGAAGCUUCCGUUAUAUCUCAGGUCUUCGUAAUCAUCAGAGAGUUCACAUGGGAAAAAACCUCUAUAAGCGUGAUGAGUGUGGUAAGGAAGUUAGUCAGAGCUCACACUUGCUAAGUCAUCUGAAUGUCCAUACUGUAGAGAAUUCGCACAAAUAUGAGGAAUGUGGAAAACUCUUCAGACGUAGAGCAACACUUAAUGUUCCUUGCAAAGGCUGCACAGGAGCGAAACCUUCUAAUUGUAAGGAAUGUGGGGGGGCUUUUCUGUAUCCUUUGCGUUUUAAGGAACAUCAGAAAACCCACACUGAGGAGAGACCAUUCAAAUGUGAUACAUGUGGUAAGAACUUUUAUCAUAGAGCAGAACUUAAUACUCAUUGCACUGUCCAUACAGGAGAGAAACCUUACAAAUGUGAUGAGUGUGGGAAGAGUUUCAGGGUCACUGCACAACUUCUGACCCAUUACAAAGUCCACAGUGGAGAAAAACCAUUCAAAUGUGAAUAUUGUGGGAAGUACUUCAGUAGAAGAUCAAAUCUUCACAUUCAUCAUAGAAUCCACACAGGAGAGAAACCCUAUAAUUGUGAGGUGUGUGGGAAGGGCUUCAGGCAGGCUGUACAUCUUCUGAUCCAUCAGAGUGUCCACAGUACGGAUAAACCAUUCAAAUGUGAAGUGUGUGGGAAGUACUUCAGUACUAGAGCAAAUCUUCAAAUUCAUUGUAGAAUCCACACAGAAGACAAACCCUAUAAAUGCAUGGAGUGUGAGAAGGGCUUCAGACAGGCUUCACAACUUAUGACUCAUAAAAGGGUUCACAGUGGAGAAAAACCCUUCAGAUGUGAAGAGUGUGGGAAGAGAUUCUCUCAGAGUUCAAUUCUCCAAAGCCAUCAAAGAGUCCACAGUGAAGAAAAGCCAUACACAUGUGAACAGUGUGGGAAUAGCUUCAAAUGGAGCAAAAAUCUUAACAUACACUGGAGGGUCCACACAGGAGAGAAACCAUAUAAGUGUGGAGAAUGUGGGAAGUACUUCAGUCAGUCCUCAAGUCUUCAGUAUCAUAAGCGUCUCCACACUGGAGAGAAACCAUACAAAUGUGAUAUGUGUGAUAAAGUCUUUAGUCGACCUUCACAGUUACAAUCUCACCAGAGAGUUCAUACUAGGGAAAAGCCUCAGUAGUGUGAGAUCUGUGGUAAGAGUUUCAGUUGGAGAUCAAACCUUUUAAAUCACAAAGUGCAUGCUGUUGAUAAAUUUUCUGAAAGUGAUAAUAGUGGUAAGAACAUGAGAACCCUCACAGAAAAGAAUUCUACAAAGUGAAAGUUUUUAAAAACUCACAUGUACCCUGCAUCUUGUAGUCCUCAAGUCUCAAAAGAGACAACAUUUGUGUAAUAAAAUUUAAUAAAACUUGACUUUCAGCAAAGCACACAUGGGAGAACCUUUAUAAAUGGUGCAGGAAGGGCUUCAGUCAGAACAUUGGAAUUUAUGAGCUAUCACUCAAGAAAUAGGCCUUGGGAGGAAUAAGAGUUUGAUGUGGUCUUUAACAAAAGUAUAAUGUUGGGCAUAUCCACUAGAAUGUAAGCUCUGUCAUGGUAAGAACUAUACUGCUUAUUCUUUGUAGGAAUGUUCAAUGCUUAUAUGUUAAGUGAAUGAAAAAGAGCCAAUGUAGAAUGUUUGAAAUUUUUAUCCAGAAAGAAUACUGGUAAAAAUGAAUAGUCAAGGAAGCAAACAUUAGUUUAAAUGUAGAAAACCACUCAACACUGUAAUCAGCAGUAUUAAUAGGGUAGUAACGUAUCGCAAAGGAGGACUGAUGGCACAACAUGUAAGCACUCUGCUUCUAAAUGAAAGGGUGGUCAGAAUCUACCAAUGGAUCCAGCAGAGCAAAGCCCUGACGAUCUACUCCCAUAGAUUUCAGGCUAGGAAAACCUAAGGGGCAGUUCUGCUCCAUCCUAUAGGGUCAUUAUGAUUCAGAAUGGGCUCUGCCACCCAACUACAGCAGUGCAUUGCAGUUGGCUCCUGUCCUCUCCAUAGCCUCUGUUUUCAAUUUGGAUCUUUCUAUUUGAGGCUCUGUGUACUGUUCAGUCAGUUGUAUUCCAUAUAAAUUGAAGUAUCUUUUGUGAUUUUUUUUUGGCAGGAAAAACUGAAAAAUCGUUGAUGUUGUAACAAGUCUCUCCAUAUGAAACAAUUGAAUGGGUACUCAAUGGUGUUAUGGCAGGGCUUUUCCAUAACACUUUGAAGGUGUCAGAAGUAGUUACUUGUAAAAACGGUGUAGAAUUAGACCUCCUAACGUCAGGAGGGAGACAGGUAAUCAUCAUCAGCCCAAGACGAUCUCCAUGACUCGAGAAAACAGACAGGUCCCUCGGUACAUAAAUUCAUUCCUUAAGUCAACAAGUGUGUAGAUAUCCUGCCAUGGACCAGGACAAUUCUAGGCCCCGAGGAGAGAGCAAUAAACAAAACAGACAAAAUUCUUUUUACUUUUGGAGAUAACAUUCCAGUAGGAGUGAUAGGUGAUAAGCACAUAAAUACAUGUGACAAAAGACAGGGCAGGGAGAACAAAGAGGGUGUGGCAUUUUAAAUAGGGCAGAUAGACAAUGCUAAGCUUGUGAUAUUAAAACUGAAUAAAGACCUGAACCAAAUAAAGAAUGGGGCCAGGAAGAUUUUCAGUGAAAGAGUAUUCCACAAAGAGAGCAGGCACAUAGGGGUGAGGCAGAGGAGGCAAAAAAAAAAUGGUCCCAGGAGUAUUUCCAG